UGCCCGCUGGAGGCCGGCGCUCGGGCAGUCCGCGGGAGGCUCUGCGAGGGGCCGGCUGCCUGCACGCUCCCGGGGAGCGGCCGCGAUGCUGGGCGCGCCGCGCGGAGCCCGCUGAGUGACUUGCCCUGGGGCCCUGGCCGUGCGCCCCGGGGAGCGCAGCAUGGCACCCCGAGCCUCCCCGCGCUAGCCUCUCUCGGGGAGCGCAGCCCGCCUAUGCGCUGCCCAGCGCGGCUCCUGAGCGGCUGGGCGGAGGGGCUCGACUGGCGGGGCCCGGGAGCCACCCCCGCGGCGGUGCCCGUGCGCUGAGCCAUGCUGCCCGGCGCGCAGGCGGGCAUAUGGGACAGCGCCUGAUCUGCUGCCCCGAUGCGCCCAGCGCCCCGCCGCCGCCGCCGCCGCCGCUCCUCCCGGUGAGACGCAAACUCCUGCUGCUCUGCAUCAUGCUCGUCCUCUGGCUCUACAUGUUCUACUCCUGCGCCGGCUCCUGCGCCUCCGUGCCCGGCCUCAAGGGGAGGCCCGCUGCCGGGGCUGGGGAGGCGGCCGCCACCGCUGGAGCGCGCGGAGAGGGGCUCCGGGUGCUGUCCAAGCUGCUGCGCCGGGCGCCUUCCGGGGGAGCCCAGGGGCUGGCGGGUCCCGCUGCGGCUUCCCCCUCGGAGCUGCGGGAGGAGCAGAGCGCGGCCCCCGACCCCACCAGCCCCAUCUCCAGCUUCUUCAACGGCUCCGGCACCAAGCGGCUGCCGCAGGCCAUCAUCAUCGGGGUGAAGAAGGGCGGCACGCGGGCGCUGCUGGAGUUCCUGCGGGUGCACCCCGACAUCCGGGCCGUGGGAGCCGAGCCCCACUUCUUCGACCGCAACUACGAGCGGGGCUUCGCCUGGUACAGAGACCUGAUGCCAAGAACCCUGGAUGGGCAGAUCACCAUGGAGAAAACCCCCAGCUACUUUGUCACCAAGGAAGCACCUGCUCGAAUCUCCGCCAUGUCGAAGGGCACCAAGCUCAUAGUCGUGGUGCGGGACCCUGUGACCCGAGCCAUCUCCGAUUACACGCAGACUCUCUCAAAGAAGCCCGAUAUCCCCACCUUUGAGAGCCUGACCUUCAAAAACAGGACUACAGGCCUGAUCGACACCUCGUGGAGCGCCAUCCAGAUCGGCAUCUACGCCAAGCACCUGGAGAACUGGCUCCUCUACUUCCCCAUUGGGCAGAUCCUCUUCGUCAGUGGGGAGAGGCUGAUCAGUGACCCCGCCGGGGAGCUGGGCAGGGUCCAGGACUUUCUGGGCCUUAAGAGGAUCAUCACAGACAAACACUUCUACUUUAACAAAACCAAGGGCUUCCCCUGCCUGAAGAAGGCUGAAGGGAGCAGCAAACCCCACUGCCUGGGGAAAACAAAAGGCAGGACCCACCCCAAUAUAGACCGAGAGGUGGUGCAGAGACUGCGGGAGUUCUACAGGCCUUUCAACAUGAAGUUCUACCAGAUGACUGGGCACGACUUCGGCUGGGACUGAGGCUGACAUGACAGUGUCUCCCUGUAAUUACCCCAUGGUGCAGCUUGCUUCUAUAAAGAUAUGUGUGUGUGUGUGUGUGUGUGUGUGUGUGUGUGUGUGUAUGUAAAAUGUACAGAAAUCUAUUUUAUAAUAAUUUAUUUUUAAUUUUUAAGUAAUUAAUUCACUAAGCUGCCUAACCACACUGUCUAGAAUAUUAGCCCAUAACUUUUUUUUUUAACAUUCCAUGGUGUUUAAUUCUAAUAUUGGUCUUUUUAUUUUGUUUGGUUUGUAAUUGACAGUGCUUCCAUUUACCUAGAGGAAAUUAGUAUUAAAAAGGAAAGGGAAGGGGGGGGGAAAGCACAAUUUUAUUUUCGUUACGGGUAUUAGGCCUUUAUAACCAUUUUACUUGUCAUCUUCCCACUCCCUAGUAUCUGUCUCCCUAUCUUUUUCAUGAGAUCUGUUGGCUCAUCAUCACGUUCCUUCCUGCCGUCUGAAUAACAGUAGGGGAGGGAGAGGCUGUACUGCUCUGUGGAACUCAGAUACUUAUGCCUAACACAGCAUCUAUUUCACAGGGGCGUUCUAAUGUGCAAAGUCCAUCAGUAUCCCCACUGCCUAGCUGUGCUGCUGCUGGGAGUCUUCUGCUUGCUUCUGUUUCCCCAAGUGUUGCUUGGUGCAUAAGGUGCUCCUUUGGAAAAGAGCACCAAUAGCAUGACAUUUUGCUGCAAGGGGGGAGCAGUCCUAUCAGUCUGUUCUUUUCUUCCUUCUUGGCUGCUUUUUUUUUUUUUUAAACAAAGAGCAUCUCCCCCCACUGGCCCAAACAGAGUUUCCUGGGUGCGGACUCUAUGCAUUUUUAAAAAAACUUUGUUCUUAUUAAAGAUGUGAAACGCUUUGUGAUGGGCGGAACUAUGACGAGGUAAAUGAAAUUCAGCUCCUACAUGUCUGCACUUACCUUGUAGGGAACCCAUUUUAAAACACACUAGAGUCAAGCAUGCAGGCAGAGCAUCUGCUUUGACACACCAAAGAAAUCAAAAGAACCACAGGAGCCAUUAGCACAAACCAGGGUAUGAGUCUAUCACUGAUUUAGUGUUCUCCGAGGAGUGGGUAGGGGACACAGUGAGUCCAUGCACAGCUGGGGAUCUGAGGCAGGUCACCAGUGCCGUGAUUGUGUGUGUGUGUGUGUGUGUGGGGAGAGGGGGGCUUCAGCCUUAUUCCCAUUGGAUGUUGUCUUGUCCACCCUACAUUUUAGUCUAAUACUUCAUCAACAGUCUCUGUCCAGAACAGGCCUCUAUCUGGAACUGGGAGGGGGUGUUACCAGGCAUGAUUCAGAUGAAUCCAUAGAGCUGCUUAGGGACACUUGCAUAGUACUUGCUUGCAACUACUGCCACUGGUCCCUCAUUUCACAUGCAGUACAUUCACCCCAUAUACUUGGAAAAUAAGACCCUGAAUCAAACAUCUGUUCUGUAUCGCACAGGGCCUUGAUAUUAGUCAAGACCGCUCUUUACUCAGAGGUGUAACCGUUGAUCACUUAAAUACAUAAGGAAGGGACAACCAGUUAAAAUAAGAACCCAACAUUUUGCCUGUAGUUUGAACCAAACGCUUUUUGAGGAGCUGGGCUAUUCAGAGGAGUGUUUCUGGUGUCAGGCCAGGAGUGGAACCAGAAAUGUUGACCCACCCCCAGAAUGGCUAUUCUUGCAGAAUUUACAGUUCUGGCAGAAGCUAGGGGUUAGUGAAUGAAUCUGAUUCUCACAAGAAUUCUGGCCAAAUUUUGCAGGCUUAGGUGGUGUGGAUAAUCUCCACAAACUUUGGGUGUCUAUCCUCACUGCCUGAGGUUCACCCAUUUCUAAUGGACCUCUUAGUGGCUAGGGUAACUGCAGAAAAUCCCAAUCCUAAUUCCCACUGAAUUUAAUUAAAGCAGGGCCAUACCAUCGUUCCAGGGCAACUACAGGGUACACGUGGCUGUUUUGGGCUUCAGUUUAACCUUGAGUGUAGAUUAAACAAGCUAUUAAUUGCAUCUUUCAUACAGUGUGCAGGAAUGUGUAUAAAUACUAUGUAGUGGGAGCAGCAAGGUAUUUGCUAAAUAAACCUUAUGAUGUUACUGUGUAAGUAAACAAGUACUUGCAUAAUAUAUGUGCAAUGUAAUAAAACGCUAGACAACUGCAUGUAUAAUGCUACAGCAACAGCAGAUGGUUAAAGGAGACAUGAUUUCAUUAUGUUGAUAUGUUUGUUUCAUAUGUGUCACCAAUAUAUCUUAGCACAAGGCUGAAGAUGCCAGUGGUCACCCCCGUAAGCAACCCCUCCAUUAUAAUACCAGAUUACUAAACAAUACCCAGCUGUGGUGGUGUUUGUCAUAUAGCAUUCCCCAGAUGUUGCUUUUACUUUAACAGCCUCCUUACUCUUGCUUGUCCUAUACAGCUGUCCAGUACAGCUGCUUAAUGAUGGACAUGCAGAUGCAAUAACUUUCCUUCCGAACCAUUCAGUUAACAGGCCCAUGUUGCUCUCUCUGGGUCCAGCUCUGAUCUCACUUACACUAAUGAUCCUGAGAGCAGAAGCCAGCCCUCUGUCUCUGUAACAGAGAUUUGCAGUAAAAUGCUGUCUCUUGAAAUGUGGAUGGAUCUGCUCCCAUUCUAAACCCAAGGAGUGCUUAGUUUAACUUAAUGACUAACCGGGAAUUUUAACUUGUUUACGAGAGCAGUGUAAUGUCAUGGCAAGUAAAGGUAGAUACAGAGACAAAAGGUUCCCUUGUCCCAGCUCUCCUAUUUAUCAAUGCCACAGGGAAAUGUGGGGAAGGGGACCACACCCAGGUUGGUGGGAGAGGAGAAAGACAGGUAUAUGAGAGCACCCUCAAAUCCCAGCAGGGUGAGGGCAGGGGAUGCUAAGCACUUUGCGGUAUCAAGCUCUAUAAUGACAGUCUAAUUUUGGUUGGUUUUGGAGAAUAGUGCAAUCUUUUAUUUGGCUUUUCCUCCGAGCCUUUCUGACUCCAAGGAAAGGUAAAAUCUUGCCCGUGAAACAGUAUUGUUUUGCCAUAGGCAGUUUCAUCAGCCGAACGACACAUUAGCCAAUACUGUGAAAAGCCACAAUAGAGAGUGUGGCAUACUCAUUACUGCAGUGCAGAGUGAGCCCUUGGUUGCAAAAUUGAGAUGAAAACUCAAGGGGCGUUUUGUGUGUGUGUGUGUGUGUGUUUUGGGUCCAGGCUUUUGGAGUGGACCCCCUUCUACUACCGAGUGAUAAAUAUACUAGCAUAUUCAAUUUACCAUAAGGGCCUGCUAGCUUGAGGUUCUUGAAUGAUUGCAGAAAAAAGCUUUAGAUCUUGUAAAGCAGCAUCCUAGGACACUAAUUAUUACAGAACUUGAAUCUCUGUGUCUUCCUACUGAAGAAUUUAUGCAGUGUGUUGAAUUAAGCCUUGUACUCUGGUGGCCCUGCAUGGCCAGGAUGGAAUAACUCUCCAGCUGUUCACUCAGCUUUCAUGAAACCAGGGUCACUUUCUGGUGAAGUGACAACAUUGUCCAACCAUGUGAUCCCAUUGCUUCCAGUACUUGGCAAACUUCAGGUACUUAUCGCUUUGUCAUUUCUUCAUUUCACCUCUGUUUCCUUAGGUUGUUUUUUUUUAAUAUAUAUAUACUGGAGGAUUUAGGUGCCCUGAUCUCUCUGUAUAUUGCUUUCUUUGUAACAAUUUUUGAUCUCCUGAUGCCUUUCUCAACUGUACAAAAUUCACCAGGCUGUUGGCUUAGUUGGUAUAAUCAAGCCUUGGUACUGAAUGGUUUCAUGAGGCAAUCAUGUUGGAUUAUAGAAAUAUGUGGUGUUUGAUACUCUGAAUACCUUAAGCAAAUUGCUAAUCCUGGCUGAACAGCCUUUGUAACAAAGUUUAUAUGAGACUAAUUAAUAUAAAAGGCCUUACCUAAGCAAUAUGGCAACCAAGACUGGAUUCCCUGUAGUAUGCAUCUGGGUUGCUAAUAAUGGACUUGAUGCUAUCAUCAUGUUUUGUUUUCUUCAAGAACGAUAAACCGUUAAACUCAGAGGUGUGGUUAGAUUUUCUUUUUUCACAUUGUAACAUUAAUUUAUGGCUGAGUUUCAUUCAGCCCUGUAUUCAGAAGUGCAGUACAGAUAUUAGCGAUGUGUUGUCUGUAACAUGGUACUAUAGAAUAGCCAAUUUGUUUUUAAAAAAAUUAAAAAAUUGUAAAUCAAGUAUUUUGUGGUAUGUACAACACAAAUUAAUUUUACACAGAGAAAGAUGUUUCUAGGAAAAUGAAAUUCUGAUAAUUCAUACUAUUUCUUUGUAUGAACAAAUAAAAUAUAUUUUACCAAA